AUGAAGCCAGAAGAUAAAGACAAGGUACCUGAGAUAGUCACUGACGUGCAAGAGAAACUGGGCGCUGAGGAUGUACCGUCGAAGACAUCGCAUGAGUCAGAAUUGUACGCUUUAGUUCCCAAAGAAGCAAUACAUCCAGAGGAAAAAGAACCUGAGGCUGUGUCUUCUGUACUAGAACCUGUGUCGAAAGAACCGUUAAUGAAACGAGAAGAAGCAAUGCUGAAGAAAGAUGAAGUACCUAAGCAAGUAACAGACGUACAAGAAAAACAGGGUGUUGAGGCAGUACCCUCAAAAGAAUUACAUGACUCAGCAGUGCACGCUGUAAUUCUUACGGAAACAAAGACUCCAGAAGAAAAGGAAACUGGGGCUUUUUCUCCCUCAGUGGAACUUGUGUCUAAAGAACCAUUGAUGGAGCCGGAAUACAAAGAAGAAGACGUACCUGAGGAAGCAGCUGUCGCACAAGAGAAACGGGGCGUUGAAGCUGUACCAUUAAAGGCAUUGCACGAGUCAGAAGAACGUACUUUAAUUCCAAAGGAAGCAAAGCCUCCCGAAGAAAAAGAAAUUGAGGGUCUUUUUCCUUUUGUAGAACCUGUGUCUAAAGAACCAUUAAUGAAACCUAAAGACACAAAAGACAAGGUACCCGAAGAAGCAACUGAUGUACAAGAGAAAUGGGGUGGUGAGGCUAUACCUUCAAAGGCUCCGCAUGAGUCAGAAGUGCACGCUGUUAUUUCUAAGGAAGCAAAGCCUCCAGAAGAAAAAGAAACUGACACUGUGCCUCUAAUACUGGGAGCUGUGCCUCCACUACAGGAAAAGCAAAAAGUUUUAGCGCUUCCAUUAACAAAACACAAAACUGGGCUUGAGGAGGCUGUUGUAUCACUUCCUGAAAUACAGGUGAAAGAAACAAUUGAGCCCACCAAGUGGCUAAGCGCCGAGAAAAAAUCCGACGUCAAGGAACUACAGUCGGCACACAGAGCACUUCCUGAGGUACCGGAAAUCGAGCCUAAGGCUGUGCCAUCGCAGACAGUUGAGGAUGAAGCGAAGGCACGUACGGCACCAGCGCAUGAUCCCGAAGUUGCUAUGACCCGGGGAGAGGUUUCAGCAGAACGCGGCAUUCAGGAAGUAGUAGCGACUCCAAAGGCAGAAGAAAAAGAGCUUCAAGGGGAGCCUGGUGAGGAAAUGUUUAAAUUGAAUGUGAUGAUCGAAAUAAGUCCAGCCUCACUGACGAAAUCCGAAAAGAAAGACGAGAAUGAAAAACCAACUAUAGCUGCCGCUGGCGAGACUGAAGAGCGCGCAACAAAGAAUGUUGAAGGGGCUGAGACAACGCAGGGAAAGACCGAAGCUCCAGAAACACCCGAAGUUGUUCUGGAUGAAGAGAAACGUGUCCGUGAAAUAUUGGAGUUUGAAAUAAAUCUCUGCAGAGCGCGCAACCUCGGUAGCGCACUGCCCAAAGCUGAAGAGCUCUUGCACGUUGGUACACCAGCUAGUGAACCUGCAGACUCUGCGGAGCCGGUGCUACUUGAGGAGAAGUUUGCUAAGCCACCAGGUGCGAGGGUGGCUCCCACUGAGUCACCGAAAGCUGACACAGCAGCUCCCUCUAAACUACAAGGUGACCAAGUGGAUGCAGAAUCGCGUGAGACAAUUCUCGACGCUUCUGAUUUCAACAAGGGGCCUCUGUCUGAUUGGGAAACGGAGCUGCAGCAACUUAGAGACUCUAGACUUCGUGAUGCCCCCUAUAGGGCAGGGGAACAAGCAAAUGUUGUGACGGUUGACGCGCCUGUGGGUGCUCGAAAGUUUCUCGAGCAGGAAGCCGAGGCAAAAAAAGUUCCCGAGGAAAAGCAGGUUAGCAUUCCACCCGAGACUGGAGGUCUCAGUCCAGGGCCUUCGGCACCGUCUGACAUGGGUGCAGAUCGGCGUGAGUCGGUCGUGAUCGUCUACGAGAGAGAUGCACUCGGAAUGACUACCCCCAAUUUUGAAAUUCGAUUGAGGAACGAGCGAGAAAUUCGUAUCAAACAACACGAGCCACUUGCUGCGCAGCUGUUUGAGGGACCCCCGAGGUCGUUUCUCCGAGCAGACACUGAAGGAAGCUAUCCCAGGUCUCCGGUUAUCCAUCACGUGAGCUUCACGAGAGAAGGUCAUAUUCCUCCACCUGAAAAACCGGAGCCCGUUGAAGAAAAAGAAGUCAAGCAUUCUGUUUUGCCUGUCGGAGUGGACAUCGCACAGUGCACAGCAACAGAGUACCAAUCAUCGGAAGGGAAGCCCGUCACAUCAAAGAGUGAAGAGGAACCGGCCUUUGAAAAAGGUCAUAUUGACGAGCGCAAGCCAAGCGGCCAGUUAGACAAAGCAGAAAAGACCCCGAGCCUUCAAGAGGGAACGCUGGAUACCGAACACGUUGCGCAAUCUGCUUCAUCACUUGCCUCCACAGCAGGCGCCGAUGAUAAACGGAAGUUUUUCGGAGCAAGUCCUGCUGACGAAGUGCCUCCCAAAUACGACGAAUUAUCAAGCACUGCUGCUCAGAGCAAAGUGAUGCCAGAGCAUCGAGGUGUGGAAAGUACACAAGAAAGUGUUGCUCCAAAACCAGAAGCCAAUGUACCUUCCCGUGUGUUUCUUCCGACCCACGAGACCUCCCCACAAGGUGAAGCAGAACUAGACGGUGGGGUGCAAACUACAAAAGAGGCGACAAAUGCACCCGACAAGGAUGGAGAAGGAGCCCCUCGCACGUUUCUAUCAACCGCAGAGGUGAGCCCAUUGUCACAAAGUGGACUGAAGCCGCAAGCCACACCAAUGACCGAGGUCAUGAUUUCACAAGAGAAGCGGCACGAUGAGAAGACGGAAAUACCCGAAGAACAAGGCAUCAUGCUAGGGCCAUUAGAUGAGCAUCAACAGUCUACGCGGAAGGUAUCUGUGCAAGACGUGUCUACAAUAAAACCGCAAGCCACACCAGUCACCGAGGCCACAAUUUCACCGGACAAGCAGCACGAUGAGAAGGCGAAAAGACUCGAAGAGCAAGGCACGAUGCUAGUGCCAGUAGACGAGCUCGAGCCCUCCAGGCGGAAGGUAUCAGUGCAUGACGUGUCUGCAAUAAAACCGCAAGCCACACCAGUCACCGAGGCUACAAUUUCACCAGAAAAGCGGCACGAUGAGAAGGCGGAAAGACCCAAAGAGAAAGGCACGAUGCUAGUGCCAGUAGAUGAGCUUCAGCACUCUCGGCGGAAAAUAUCGGUGCAAGACAAGUUAUAA